GAGGAGCGCCCGCGUGCUGGAGAUCAUGCUGGAGGCCCUGCGCGACCCGCAGGCCACCGAGUGGGCCGACAAGGACGGGGGCUACGUGUCCAUAACCAAGCUGCUCCGCUACUACCCCGACCUGCAGCGGGAGACCUUCGGCAGCACGCGCGUGAUCGCCCACGCCGUCGAGGGGCAGGCGACGAAGGCCGUGCGGCUUGACAAGGCCCGGCGACGAGUCCGCCUCCAGAGCAUCCGGGAGAUGAUCCUCGAGAGGGCGGAGGCCGUCUUGGAGGCGGCGCCCCGCGGCGUGGUGCCGCUGCGGGCGAUCCUGGAGGCGCCGCCGCUGCGGGAGGCCCUCGCCGGGCUGGCGGACCCGGUCCAGGAGGCUCGCCAGGCGCUCGAGCACGAGGAGUCGCCCGGCGUGGUCCGGGGCGAGUUUGUGCAGCGGCAUCCGAAGGGGGCGAGGCUGCGCAGGCGCGUGGAGGAGAGCUGCUCUCGGACGAGAGCCUGGCGGUGGACUCCCGGCUCCGGGCCAAGGUCGCGGAGUCCCCCACCGGCGAGGUGCCCCUCAUGUGGAUCUGCUCGCGGUACGCCUCGCGCCUCGAGCGCGGAGCCGAUACGAGCGCAGCUGGUCUGGAGGUGUCCGGGGCCGAGCUCUACGAGGCGCUGAAGCACUCUGCGCAGCUGUACGUCGACGGCAAGCGGCUCACGGUGUCCCGCAAGCGGCGCCUGCCGCCGCACCUCGCCGCCGCGGGCUCGGGGCCUUCCCCGAGGGCCGCGGCCUCCAGCGCCGCGGAGAAAGGCGGCGGCGC